CCACUCCCCCCACUCCCCGCACCGCUCCGGUUUCGGACUCUCCUUUUGCGCGUUGGUGGUGUUUCAGGUGUUUCAGGUGUCGGUGCACUUUUUGUGAUAUAACGCAGACAUCAUGCCUGUGGCAAGAAUGCGUAUGAGACCUUGGUUGGAAAUGCAGAUAGAUUCAAACACAAUUCCAGGCUUGGCUUGGCUAAACAAGGAGGAGAGAAUAUUCCAAAUUCCAUGGAAGCAUGCUGCACGUCACGGAUGGAACUUAGAAACCGACGCAAGUCUUUUCAGAAACUGGGCGGAACAUACAGGCAGAUUCAGACCAGGAAAAGAUUCCCCAGACCCUAAAACAUGGAAAGCUAAUUUCCGUUGUGCAAUGAAUUCAUUGCCUGAUAUAGAAGAAGUGAAGGAUAAGAGUAUCAAUAGAGGCUCUGGUGCUAUUCGAGUCUACAACAUACUGCGUCACCUUGACAAACCAAAACAAAAAGAAAAAUAUUCAAAGUCAUCCAAAGAUUCAAAAAGCAAAAAUAGGAAAAAAGAAACAAAGUCAAAGCUCAAAGUAGAAGCGAUAGAGCCGACAAAACCAGCAGAUCGCAGCUCAUUCAUUUCACCGAAUGAUUGUGCUCAACAGGAAAUGGUGAUUGAUAGCACAAAUAUGGACGAAUCCAGCACAACAGUGGAUGAUGACCUGUCUGGGUGGUUUUUUCCAAGUGAAAUUAUAGCAACGGAUGAAGCUCAAGUUGCCAGCACAAGCGAUGUGUAUCCAUUCCAGAUUUCUCCAUUGCCUUCUCCCGCAGCUGCCAGUGCAGUAGAGAACUUCUUGCCUGACGAUAUGGUUGAGAUGGCAAAUGAACUAUUACAGGGACAGGAACAUAGUCAAUGGGAGCACAGUAACAUUGAAGGGAAAGGCUACUUCAGCAACAUAGUGGGCACAAUGUCACAAACUACCAGCGAAUGUGACCUCAAAUCCAGCGAGCAGGCAACCAACUCACAUCUGGCACUUCAAGAUGGCAAUUGGACAGACUCGACAGGUGAAUUUGAGCUCAGACUUCAUACAGAUGUGAAACCAGCAACAGACCUCGUAACCUGGCUUGAUUCCGGUACAUGGGCUGGAUCACUCAUCAGUUGCACUUAAUUAAAGACUGUCGUCCAACGGAGCAGGAAGCACGAUGUACAUUUUUUUCCCCACGUUUCAUUGGCAUGAGGACUUCACUCUUAUCCUGUCGGCUUGAUUUGCAAGUUUCUGCCCGCUGUUAUAAAAAUCAGAAAGAAUAUAUUUUUAUAGCGGUACUUAUUAGCACAAUUGACCUCCUGAACAGAGCGAGAACAUGCACGGCACAGGGAAACCAAGUUUAGUAAGGCCAGGAAUUCUGUUGUUUGUUGAACAAGAUAUUUUGCUGCUAUUUGAAUUGAAGUCCUGUCAAUUAUUUAUGUGGUUAGAUCAUUUGUAGAAAUCUUAACAAGGACAGCAAUAGCCUAUUUGUUUUAAAGUUGCUUCAGUUUGAAAGUUUUCCAAUUCUUUCUUUGAGAACUCAUUGUAACGCAAAGUUAGUUGUCAAUGCGUGGAUGUUACCAGCAACAAAGACUGAAUCAUGCUUUAUGUUAUUUUGACAUUAAGCUCAUCUGCAGUCACAAUAAAUAAAGAUGCAAAACUAGAUUUUGUUCAUAGAUAUGUUACUCUUUAACGUCAGAGUUAACUUUUCUAUGAGGAACAAAUCCACUCAAAAAUAGCAACAUUAUUAUGAUAAUUAUCAGAUUAUUAGUUAUUUUUAUAAUCAUGCAUUACAUCUAACACAGAACUUAGGUUACUUUAUGUCACACUGUUUCCAACGUAACACAAAUUUGCCUUCAAGUAAAUGCUUUAGCUAAUGAGUCCCUUUAAAAAUUUGUAUGAUAUGUUGUAGAGGUGACUAUCACAUAUAAUGAUUAUAUCUUGGUUUAGAUAGUGGUACCUCAGGUGCAUUCUAUGCUUUCACCAUCUCUGCGUGAAUAACAAAAAUGUCCACGUGCACCAAGAUAUUCUUUUAUAAAACUUUUUGGUUGUGAAUAUAUUUUAUAUUUUGUACACUACUAAAUAAUUUCCUUCUUUGUUUUAAUGCUCAUUUGAUACAUAAUAAAAAUUGUACAAACUAUUGUCCAA